ACCUAUAAUAAACACAGUCACGACGCUACUCAUCUUUCUCUCCCCAGAAAAGAAAUCACAGGAAAAAAGAAGAUUCAGAGAGCUUCGAAUUCUUGAUCGAUCUGCAACAAUGGCGUCAGAGGAUGUGAAGCUGUUGGGUGGAUGGCCCAGCCCGUACGUGCUCCGAACCCGAAUCGCUCUCAACCUCAAAUCCGUCGCCUACGAGUUUCUCGAGGAGAAGUUCGGAACCAAGAGCGAGCUUCUCCUCAAAAUGAACCCGGUUUACAAGAAGAUCCCAGUUCUCGUCCAUAACGGAAAACCCAUCUCCGAAUCCCUCAUCACCGUUCAGUACAUCGAUGAGGUUUGGACUUCCGGGCCCGCCAUCUUGCCCGCCGAUCCGUAUGAUCGCGCCACCGCCCGCUUCUGGGCAACUUACGUUGACGAUAAGUUCUUCCCAAAUAUGCGAGGAAUAGCAGGAGCCAAGGAAGAAGAAGCGAAAAAGGCAGCAGUGGGCCAAGUUUUCGAAGGCCUAGCAUUGCUGGAAAACGCUUUCCAGAGCAGCAGCAAAGGCAAGAAAUUCUUCGGCGGGGACUCGAUUGGGUACCUUGACAUCGCGCUGGGGUGCUUCCUAGGGUGGAUCAGAGUGACGGAGCUUUUCGCCGGCAUAACGCUCCUUGAUGCCACCAAGUUUCCCGGCUUGGCCAAGUGGGCCGACGAUUUCUGCGCCGAUAGCGCCGUCAAAGACGUCAUGCCGCCCACCGACAAGCUAGCGGAAUUCGCCAAGAUGCUCUUCUCAGCCGCAAAAUAAGAAAUUUCUUUUAUGUGUUUUGUCAUUUCUGGGCUUUGUUUUCUCAGUUCUGUUGCUUUCUGCUAUUCUCGAUCUGUAAUAAAUUGAAACAUCUGUGAUGGAAACGUGUUUGAAGUUUUUAACUUCGUUGUUUAGGCUUCAAUUUUCUGCA